AAAAGCGCAGUUAUGAACGUCAUGAUGUGAACAUCAGUGUUGAUUUAUUGCUUGCACAAAAGCACCGUGUUUGUAUCAGGAAACAAAUACAUCUACAAAAACUCAGCAAAACCGUUGCUGUCUUUAUUUUUUUCGGUCGAAUCUAGAUGCUUUGCUUUUGGAUGCUGCACCCAAAGGAUCAAGUGAUAUGAAGAAGCAGUUCAGCCACGAGGGCUCCGAUGACCAUUACCGCCAAUUACUGUCCUGCGCUUUAACAAGACACUGAUAGCCGAUGAUAGGAUCAUAUUGCGUUUCAUGUGCUUUAAUGCGCAGCGGCUGCACGCUGUGUAAACAGAAAGUGUAACGGGGUCUGGUUACACAGAGAGGAUGGUGGCGGAGAUGGCAAGCUGCGGAGAGGCUUGUCACCUGGAAGACGGAGACCGAGAUGUCCCCGUGCUUAAAAACAAAGAUAACCUGAGAGAAAGUGAUGGCAGCAGUUCAGACAACACAGAAACAUCCACUGAGGAGAGUUCAGAGGAGGACGAGGAGGAGGCUGAGAAUUCUGGCUGUGCUGAAAAGAAUGGAGAAGAGGAAGACAAUGAAGAGGCCAAUGCGGAAGAGUCAAAAAAUGAUUCAAUCCCUGGACCUGAAACAGAGGUUACAAAAGGGAACGAGGAGGGUCACUUCAAAUCAUGCUGUGUAAAAUGCAAAGCUGUCCAGCAGAGCCAUGGCAAUGAGCUUGUUACCCCCAGGAGGAUCUCUAAGGGACAAUUGCAGGUGCAGCUGGAAGGAGAGGGCACAUACGAGUGUUCGCUCACUGGCCUGGUGUUUGAAGCAUCGGAGCGGGUCAUUGUGCGGUACUCAGUCCUUUCCUGGUCCAGGUUUGGCGCGUUCCUGCCAGACUCCUGGAAAUUUGCUGGACCCAUCUUUAACGUGGACACUGUCAAUAAGGAUGCUUCUGCUCUCAGGUCUAUCCAAUUCCCGCACUCUGUCUGCCUUGCUGAUCCAGAACAUGGGAUGACAUUCAGUGUCCUGCACAUGAAGGACAAGCGUGCUCUCAUUGAGCCGACAAUGGACCACUCAGGGAGCCAUGUUAAGUGGAACGUGACGUCCCUGUCUCCAGUGGGUCCCAUCAUUCAGACGAGCCAGUCUGUAGAGCACCAUGGGGUGGUCCUGGUCUACAAGCAGGUGGGAAGUGAAAACAACAACAAUUACAGCUUCCACAUCUACCUGGCCACCAACAGUUCAUCUGAUAUCAAGGAUAUAGGCAAACAGGUGCGGUGCUACAAGAAUCGCUACAUGAAAAUAGACAAGCCUCCCACAUGCAAACUGGACGAGGGGACGUAUCGUCUCCUGAGUGAGCCAGAGGGAGAGAUCAAGCCUCAGGAUUUGAAAUUCACCCUUGCUGUGACAAAGAUGAAGGGCUACUUUGAAGCUUUCUUUGAGCAGCCUCCUCCCUUUAAAUUGUCUCUCACAGAGAUUAACACGGAGGAGACUAUAUGGUCCACCACCAUCAGAGAAGGUGACUGUGUGGAUAACACAGAAAGAAAGCCAAGAAAAAGGACAAUCAGCAGACAUAGGAGCAGCAGCCCGUCAGAAGAAGAAACCGGCUGUAAAAGGCCUCGGUGGCAGGACGUGUCAGAUGGAGUGAAACCAGCGAUGACUCCGGGUCAGGACAUGUCAGAGAAGCAGCUACUGCAGGUGGCCAAGCGGCUCGGGAAGGAGUGGAAGCAAGUGGCCAUCUAUCUGGACCUGAACUACAAGGACCUGGAUGACAUCCAGGCAGCAGAGAAAGAUAUGACCAUGCAGAAGCUGAAGAUGCUGCUGGAGUGGAAGAGCAGAAGGCGGCCGGGAGAGGCCACGGCAGAUCACCUGCUGAAGAGUUUAGUGGAACUAGAUGACUUGCCAAAUGACGUCCAUCAGACACUGAAAGGCAUGAUGAACAAUAGAGCAGCUAAGUGAAAAGAAAAUGACUGUUGGAUACCUUUGCUCCAUUAUCAGGUAGAAAAUACAAUCAGGAAUUCAACAAAGCAGAGUAUGGGUAUGGACCCAACUUCACCUCUUCUGUUUGUGUUUCUCUUUAAGAUAUUUCCUAGAAAUGACACUCAUUGAUAGGUUUUCAUGUUAGCAUAGUUAAAGGAAGGGGAUGGACUUUUUCCCCUAUUUUUGUUAAAAUGUAGUCCUUUGAUUCUGUAUUGAAUACAGAAAUGAUAAGCUGUACCAAAAGCUUUGUUUAUAGCUAGAACUUUGUUUUCAAAAAUGAAUAGUAGAGUUCAUUGUGAUGUAAUUAGCCAAUUAUGUAGCCAGUGACGUGUUUAAAUGUAGGUGCUGCAGUGUUGAAACUGCAAUAAAUGGGAAAAGUACAACCUGUGUAUAUUGUUUCCACAUUACGUUUGUGGGAGUUUUUUUAUAGAAAUAUUACUCACACAUACUUGAUUGUCUGACUGUCCAAGUCACAUGGACUGAUUUUUUAUACAUUUCAUAUUUGUCCUGUACAUAUAUUUUUUUUUACCAAACCUGUGAUAUAUUUUUUUAAGUCUGUUUUGUAUGUGAAUGUCUGUUUUCACUACUCUGAAACUUAAAAAAAAACUAAAGGAGUUGAAGAGGUCUUUCAUUAUGUUUCUGUUUAACUUGAAUUAUGAAUACAUUCCUGCCAACCUGUGAUUGGAACGCACAUCUCGUUCAGUAUAAUUGUUGUUGGUGUUUUACAAAAGUGUACACCGUGGGGAACAGACAAACUAACCACCAGCAUUUGGAUUCAGGGCCUAAUUGAACUAUAACAGUGGUGCAAUUUGUGUAUAUAUAUUUUUUGAUGUUUCAUUUUGCCAGUGCUCAAGUCCUAAGUGUAGAACUUUGAACAUAAACUGCACCGUAGGCUGCCUGUGAAAACAUUUCACUUACAUUCACUCAUCAUAAGUCACAGUUCUGAUAUUGUUUUCAAGAAAAAGCUGCAGAAAUGGCAUUUGGAUCGUGAAGUCAUUUAGGGUCUACCCCUAUCAUGCAGCAUUGUUUACAUUCCAUUGCUUCCUUAAACCUCUUACCAACAACACAGUCUGUCCUUUUUGCACCUGUUUGUCAUGUCACUCCAAAGAGUUUGUACUCAUUGCAACACAGCGAUUUUUACUGAAUAAAACGAGCUAUACAACUUUC